GAUCUGAUAGUACGCACUGAUUCCUGUUGCGAAAAUCACCUUAUUGAUAGAACUACACUCGUGGAAUAUCAUUCGACCGAGCGAUGCUAUGGAGAAAUGGUGUUAAACGUGAUUCCACAUACUCAGGCAGCAGGGUCGAAGUGGCUGAGUGGAAGGCCUUUUCCGGCAGCGGAAGCGUAGCGUGUUUCGAAUUGGUGAAUAUAUACAGCUACCCCACACCGCUCACGGGGCACGCACUAUACUCCUUUACAGGUGGACUUAGCAGCAGAACAUGAGUCGAUCGACUAAUUACUAAAACAUGAGCUGGUGUACAAAGUCCAAAGACAAUCCGCCCGGUUGAAGCAGCAGUGUCUGGAAAGUCCUUCGCCCCAGCAGCAGCGAUCUCAUUCUGUCGUCCAAAAUGUUGUCUUUAUGGAAACUUCUUCUUGGUGGCGCGCUCGCCAUUGUGUCUGUGGCGCCUGGCGUCAACGGCCAAACUUAUCCUGGCCCAGGUCCAGUCUCAGGUAGCACAUUUGCUCACGAUCCGACUGUGAUCAAGACAACAAGCGGCGGUUACCUCAUGGCAUACACGGCGCCAGGCAUUGCACUCAAGACUUCCACCGACCGUACCAACUGGCGCGACGCCGGCCUCGUAUGGACCAACGCAAACGCGCCAUGGACACAGCCGUACACAGGUGGAAACAGCGAGAAUCUCUGGGCACCAGACCUCUCGUAUCAUAAUGGCAGGUACUAUCUGUACUACUCUGCUUCAACAUUUGGAUCUCGCAAGUCGGCUAUCUUCCUGGCAACCAGCACUACCGGCGCAGCUGGGUCGUGGACAAACCAAGGCGUGAUCAUCGAAACGAAUGCCAACAGCGCAUAUAACGCCAUUGAUCCAAAUCUGAUCGUUGAUGCUGAAGGCAAGUGGUGGCUGUCUUUUGGCUCGUUUGGAAAUGGCCUUAAGUUGAUCUCCAUCAACCCAAGCACCGGCAAGCGCUCUGGUAGCAACAUGGUCGAUAUCGCCAGCCGAGGGAGUAGCGGCGCCAUCGAGGCCCCGGUCAUCUCCCGCCAUGGCAAUUACUACUACCUCUGGGUCUCUUUCGAUGCAUGCUGUCAGGGUGCUGCAAGCACUUACAACAUCAGAGUAGGCCGCUCUACCAACGUUCAGGGUCCGUAUAUCGACCGAAGCGGCAAGCAGAUGAUGUCUAGUGGCGGCACUUUGAUGUUGGCAUCUCACGGUUCCAUUCGCGGACCUGGGCACAACACUGUAUUUACCGACAAUGAUGCCGACGUGCUCGUCUACCAUUACUAUAGGCAGUCCGACGGUCAAGCUCAGCUGGGCAUUAACUUGAUUCGCUACGAGAGCGACUGGCCAGUCAUCUACUGAGCGCUACAACCUACAUCUUCAUUUUUUAGUCUUAACUAUACCUACGUAAACGUACUACAAUUCAUGGAACAUUACCUCAUGCAGACAACCUAUUCCCAUACAACUUGAUCGCUCAUUGCGUUGGAAACAUGCAACAU